CGAAAGGGAAAAAAAAAAAACAAAAACGAAAGAGCAGCCCAAGCAAGUCGUGUCGUUCGCUCAGCAACAGCAAUGUCGGCGCGCGGCGGCGAGAACCGCAGGGGCGGCGACGACGAGUUCUACCUGCGGUAUUACGUGGGGCACAAGGGCAAGUUCGGCCACGAGUUCCUCGAGUUCGAGUUCCGCCCCGACGGCAAGCUCCGCUACGCCAACAACUCCAACUACAAGAACGACACCAUGAUCCGCAAGGAGGUGUUCGUCUCCCGCUCCGCCCUCCGCGAGGCGAGGAGGAUCAUCCAGCAGUCCGAUAUUAUGAGGGAGGAUGACAGAAACUGGCCCGAGCCCAACUACAUUGGCAGGCAGGAGCUCGAAAUCGUUAUGGGCAAUGAGCACAUCUCAUUCACCACCUCCAAGAUUGGAUCCCUUGUCGAUGUUGUGGGAAGCAGAGACCCAGAUGGCCUACGCAUCUUCUACUACUUGGUCCAGGAUCUAAAGUGUUUUGUGUUUUCGCUGAUCAGUCUCCACUUCAAGGUCAAGCCUAUUCAGUCAUGAGCUUCAUUCCCUGGCCUAGGUUUGUUAUGGUAAUGCAAGUGUUAGGAAACCAUGUAUCAUGUAAGAUCCUGUGAGCCUCAUGAAUCAGAUGCACUUGGAGGGGUACUAGCUAGCUUUUUAGUCAGCCUGGUAUGAAUAUUUGUGCUUCUGGGUUUUAUAAGUUUGGGGAGUUUUGUUUUUUCAACUCUUGCGUCAGUGGGUUUUAUAAGCAGAUGCAUAUAUCCUUGCGCCAAACUUGUUCUGUUGCUUGACUCGAGAUGUACAGUGCUGUCGGCACAACCUUUUCUAGUAUCUGACUUGUGGACCCAGACA